GCCAUCUUUGUCGGGUGCCCAUUGUUCACUGUGGAGCUAGCAGCGGUGGUAAACCAGUUCGCACUUCGCAUUAAAAUAACUUGACAGUGUCACCGGCAGCUGCCCACGACAGUCGUGGAUUUGCUCUCAGGGUUGCGACUUGUUUUCGGCCGGCAAGUGAACCAGAAUGGACGAUGACCAGCCCAAAACCCUGUAUGUGGGGAAUUUGUCCCGGGACGUGACAGAAGCCCUCAUCUUGGAGUUGUUCGGGCAGAUUGGACCCUGCAAAAGCUGUAAAAUGAUAGUAGAUACAGCAGGUCAUGAUCCAUACUGCUUUGUGGAGUUCUAUGAACAUAGACAUGCCACUGCCACAAUUGCAGCCAUGAAUGGUCGGAAAAUACUGGGUAAGGAGGUGAAGGUCAACUGGGCCACAACGCCAACCAGCCAAAAGAAAGACACAAGCAGUCACUUCCAUGUCUUUGUUGGAGAUCUAAGUCCUGAAAUCACCACAGAUGACAUUAAAGCAGCUUUUGCUCCAUUUGGGAAAAUAUCGGAUUGUCGAGUGGUGAAAGACAUGGCCACAGGUAAAUCUAAAGGCUAUGGCUUUGUCUCCUUCUUCAAUAAAUGGGAUGCAGAGAACGCCAUUCAGCAGAUGGGAGGACAGUGGUUGGGAGGAAGGCAGAUCAGGACCAACUGGGCCACAAGGAAGCCUGCUCCGAAAACUACAAAUGAAACAACCAAUACGAAGCAGCUAUCUUUUGAUGAGGUGGUGAGCCAGUCCAGCCCGAGCAACUGCACCGUAUACUGCGGGGGAGUCACAACAGGCCUCACAGAGCAAAUUAUGAGACAGACCUUCUCACCUUUCGGCCAAAUAAUGGAAAUACGUGUUUUCCCCGAGAAAGGCUACUCAUUUGUGAGGUUCAACUCCCAUGAGGCAGCAGCUCAUGCUAUUGUUUCUGUCAACGGCACUUCCAUAGAGGGUUACGUUGUUAAGUGUUACUGGGGCAAAGAAACCACAGACAUGGUCCAGGGCCCCAUACAACAGGUACAGAUGGCACAGCAGAACACAGUGAGCUUCGCAGCGCAGCCCUACAGUCAGUGGGGUCAGUGGUACAGUAACACGCAGCAGAUUGGUCAGUACGUGCCCAAUGGAUGGCAGGUACCGAGCUAUGGUGUCUAUGGACAGACCUGGGAUCAGCAGAGCUACAAUCAUUUACAUGCUGGAGCUGGAUGGACAGGCGUGGGCGCUGUGAGCAAUGGUGGCAUGGUGGAGCCCGGGCAGGGCGUCAACGGGACGGUGCUAACCAACCAGGCUGGCAUGAGCACUGCUGGCUACCACACCCACUGAUCACAGUAGCCCUCUCUCUAAGCCUGCGAGGCCACAAGGAUGAUACUCUGCCGGGGAAGGAGUGCAUUAGAUGUGCUCUGUUUGUCACCUCACAACAAUACUCUGUUAGUGAAGCUGGUACGUCAUUUUAUCAACCUUACCAGCCCAAAACGUCACCCACUGCCCAAAUCUGCAAGUGUAAAGAUAAUUAUCCACACUUUAACACUGUUAAAGCUACCGCUAAUGCACCUUGCAUUCCUGGGCCCAUUUUAUUGUUUGGUAUAUUACUGGCCAAAUGUAAAUUAUACAACAUGUCAAGAUAUUUCUAGCACAGCCACAGUUUAGUUUAAAAGGAACAGUGAAUUAAAUCUAUAUUAAAACAGCAGCUUUUGUUUGUUUUCAGCCCCUCAGAGCCAAAGAGCAAGGGCAGAAUUUUAUACCAAUAUUUAACAAUCAUACAGGGAGAAGAGGCUACGAACUUUGCCACAGAAAGCACUCAAUAGUCCACAGUAUUGCAGCGCAACCACGAGAUGUGUAUCGAGCAAGGGGUUUUUAUUUUCUCUCAGUUGGAGCCUGUUGACCUCACUGUCGGUAUGUUCACCGGUUGCUAAAGUGAAACGCGAGUCUGAGCGAGUCCUCAGGGCGUCCUCAAGUCAUUCUGUGAAAUGUAGGGAAUCACUGAGUAGAAGAAGUUGGCAGGUUGAGGGAAAUUCAACAAAACAAACAAAUUUCAGUGCUCCUUCACUUCAUCUCCCAGACCGGACUGAUAGACGGAGAAUCCCGUCUGCGGAUAAGAAAUGUGUGUGUGCUUACGUGUGUGCAUGAACUGAUGCUUUUACACACAAGACAAUGUCCAAGUCAUCUUCCCCUGAAACAGAAAGGACUACGCCAUCAGUUUUUUUUUUUGUUUUUGUUUUUUUUUUUUGCUACAAAUAUAAUAGACGAAGUGUCAUUUUCUUUCUUGUUUUUGAGCAACUUUAAAAUGCUGACAUUGUAUAAAGAGCUUUUGCCUUUUUGUGUUUCAUUUUGGAACUGUCUUAUAAAGAAAUGUUGAAGUGACACCAUCAAAGUAUGUGACACGCGAGAUCCUUUGUUUAUAAAACUUUUAAGUGGCUGUCAUAUGUCAACUUUAUUUUUCAAAUUAGAGUAUCUCAAAUAAACCAAUUGCAGGGAUUACUGCCACUCUUAUCUUACUUAUAGGCAGACAAAUAUUGCACAAAUACUUAAGGUUUUCACAAAAUUUGAAAUACUAGGGUUUUUUUUUUUUUCAAUGUUUUUGCAUUCCACUUUAUUUGUGAUUUCAUUUGGAAGUCUGUUUUAUGUAAAUAACCAAACAGUCUGUUCAAUUGUACUGAUCUGUAUAAAGACAACAUGUUAAUUAAGGAAGCGUGCUUGCUCCUGGUUGGGAAAUGGAUUCCAGACAAGGCUGUUUGACAGUAGCAUCCCUGUCCAGUGCUGGUCCGUGUACAGUAGAGACAGUGCAGCAUUUCAUUCUUCAAGACGUUUGGAGGACACGCAGCGUUGCUAUGCAAUGCAACAGCCUUUAGAUUGACAAGUAACUCAUAAUUUAAGUUAUUCUAUUUUAGACCUACAUAACGAUUGUUUUUAUAGAUUAAGAAACAACCUUCUUAAGAAUCAGAUUUUUGCACUGUGGCCACCCUCAUUUUAAUAUAGUUGAAAAAUCCAUUGUGUUGCCUUACUAUCAGUGAGUUACUUUUUAUUUAACCAAAAAUCAUCCGAGAGUAGGCAGUGCCUAAGAAUGUUUUCAGCCAGUGUUUUGGCAACGGAAAGUUCUGUUGAUGCUUUAGUAACAUGGUUUGUGUUUUUGCUUUGUCCCAUUAAAAUGCUGAUGCUUCAAACAGCUCACAUU